CGUUCCAUAGUGGGUGCACUGUUCCGUGUGGCGUCGCCAGGCACUGCAACCCCUCCCGCACAACUGAGUAUGGAGGCCCUUCGCACUGUUGGGAACAGUGGAAGUGUAUUCUUUGGGCAUGCACCUCCACGCAGUGGUCCUUCAGUGCCGCACAGCACCAGAGGAGUAGAGCCAGUCCCCCACUCGUUCGUUGCCAAUUCGUCCGAUCGGAGGUCGCUGGAGGACAUGAGGGAGUACUUGGGUCGGCGUGCAAUGCGGAGCUCAAGCAACGAGGACCAAACAGAGGUCUCACCUCCAACUGGCGCUCACACUUUCAGCAUGCCUCAACGGUCUACGGAGCAGUUGCAGGAGCAGCCAUUGUUGCCUCCUCGCUCGUCCGUUGCGGGGGUGGGGGGUGUAGACAUGUCACAGCUGGGUGUAGACGUGCCACAGUUAAAAUCGCAAGCUGUUUGUGACAUGCCACAACGUAAUUUGCUCUCUGCAUUCGAUGAGGUUGUGCAGCAGACAGGCCACAGUUUGUCAACUGCCAUCUUGGGCCCCUCUGGGACUGUGGUUUUGAGUGACCAGGAGCUGGGGGUCGGUAGUGUUGACUCGCAUGGCGAUUGUGGGAAUGGUUUGCCACACCAAAUGGGGGAAGGGGAUGAGGACUGUGCUGACUCACAAGCAGGAGGAGAUCGUGGACAUCACCAGACGGAAGGUAGCGUGGAAGCAGAUGGGACCCCAGGUGAGGAGCAGCCAUGGGUGGGUGAGCAACAUCUCUCUCCACCUCCUGCUUCUAAUGGCGCAGUCCCUGCUAAUGGCGGUGAUGGGUGUCAGCGAAAUUGGUGCUGGAAUGAUGUUGAAACGCUUGCCCUCAUCCGAGCACACGGGGAAUACAGGGUUGCACGAGCAGUCAACUCUGAAGCUAUAAGCAAUGCUUGCUCUUUGAAUAAGAAAUGGGAGGGUACAUCAGCUGCCAUGUGUGCUGCUGGCUUCAUCCAUAAUCACGAUGACUGUGGAAAUAGGUCGAAGAACCUGUGGAAGUGGUGUAGGAAGGUGCUAGUCCAAGAUCUCAUGAAUGGAGUGCAGAGCUAUUGGACCAUGUCACCUGAGACACGGGCGAAUGCUGGACUCGAGUUCUGCCUUCGAAGGUCGUGGUUUCAUCUCAUUGACUCCUUCAAUAUGAGAAACCCGGCUGUCCAUCCUGAAGGUGUUGUCGAUCCUGGAGAUGAGGAGGAUGGGCGAGUACCAGGACAACGCAGUCGGGGUUCUCCUCCUGUGAAUAGUGGCAGAGCUGAGAGUGGGGUUGACAAUGCACUUGUUGAAGGGGCUGAAGUGGGAACAUCGGCAAAGCACAGACGCACUGUCGCAAAUGCCCAGGAGCAGGCUGUGAAGGACAUCUCCGCAGUAAUGAGGGAGCAGACAGACGCAUUGAGGGAGCACAGUAGGGGAUUGGUGGAGUGCGCUGAACUCACAGUGAAAGCCAUGUACAAGCAGGCAGCAGUGCAACAACAGACUGGAAAGCUCACUGCCAAAGUUGCUUGGGAGGACAUGGCUAUUCGGAAGGAUAUUGGUCUUCUGAUAGUGGACAAGCUUGAGAAAGGGUGGAACACAUUUGCUCAGGCAUUGCGAGAUUCGCCACGUCAGCAGACCACAUCAGCAGGCCACAUCAGCAGACUACAUCAGUACGUCAGCAGGCCACGUCAGCAGGCUACGUCAGCAGACCACGUCAGCAGGACACGUCAGCAGGACACGUCAGUAGUACCACGUCAGCAGCAAGGGAUACCACAUCAACAGGCCCCCGCCCGGUCUAUGCUGUUGCGAUCUCAAACAGCAGUCAUGGACCAGAGGCCCGGGGAAGCAGACGAGGCCUAUCAGGCCCGCAUGCUGGCCUGGAGUACCGAGACAAAGAAACGGGCAGAUGACGGUGCAGCAGCAGCGAAGAAGAAGGUCGAGGAUGCCGAGCAGGCACGUCUACUGGCACUUGAACAACAACGCCAGCAUGACGAGGUAGCAGCAAGGGCUGCCGAUGAAGAAAGGAACCAUCGUCGAGAGAAGAUAUUUACCGGAGAGCGGGCGUUACUGACAAUGGCAGCGGAAUGGCGAACCGAAGCGGAGGAUGGCAAGUUGGAGGAUAGCGCAAACAAGAUCGCGCUCCUCCUGUCGCACCUCACAGAUCUCCUCGCAACCUGCAUUACACAGCAGGCGGAGAUCCUCGGUCUCAACACCUCGCUAGCUCACUUCCAAGACCGCCUUCAGCGGUUGGAGCAGCGACCAGUCGCCGCCGCCGACGCAAGCUCUUCCAACACUGCCAACCGCCUCAAUGCAUUGGAGAUGGACGUCGGCUCACUCAAGGAUGGCGCUUGGUUGGACAACCUGCUGUCCAAGUACGGAGUGGUAGCCAACGACUUGCACACCAAGAUCAGUUGGGAUGAUCUGAAGGUGGCGUGGCACAAGCGGUUCCAGGUGGAGCCGCCGGAGAUCAAAGCCAUGGACAAGCUCAUGGUCUUCGAGCAAGGCACGCUGCCGAGUACGGACUGGAUCACCGAGUACCAACGCUUGACGUCAGUCCCAGACAUCCAGAUGGGCUUCAAUGCCAUCCGCCAUUACUUCAUCUCAAGGUCAUGUCCGGCAUUAAGCAAUGCCCUGACGCAUGUUGAGGACACCGCGCCGACGACGACGGAAUUGUUUGACAAGGGUGCGCAGAUCAUCAUCACGAACAAGGAGGCCAAGAACCUUCGUUCAUCUGCGUCAGGCCCGAGCAGGGACCAGCAUCGGCCAAGAGUGGCCGUGGUCGCAGCGGCAACGCCGUUUGACCAAUCCAGCGAGGCUGUGUCUGCCAGUGAAGGGGACAGACUCGCAGCCGCCCGGGAAGCAACCGGCCUUCAUUCUGAGGCGCACGCGGAAGUCGAUAGUCCUCCUCUUCUACUUUCUGUUGAGGACUAUGCUGCCCGGCUCGUUCCUACGCUGGGUACUCAAGCUCAAGGACAAGAAGUGUGUGCGGUUUCUUCUCCGUCCGCCAACGGCGACAUAUCAUCUUCAAGUGGUUCUUCACGGGAUUUGGCACGCGAGUUCAACAUAGAGGCAUUGGACCCGCUCACGUCCGAGGACUUUGCAUGGCUUCCUCUCCCGACCACACGCCGCUUGCCGGGACCGCAAUGCGCAACACUUAGCGCUCAUCUCCACACUUACUUAACCUUCUAUGCACCACCAACUUCGCCGACGGAUGACGAAGUCGCAGUGGGGGACAUCCUGGCGUAUACUACCAAGGUGGCCCGCGAGUUUCGCACGCAGCGGUACGAUGAGAACAACGCACCGCUCAUGUAUGUCCGCAUCCAGGUUGGGCAAGCGUCCUGCAGCGCUUUGUUGGAUAGCAGCGCGUCUCGCAAUUUCAUGAGCCAAUCCUUUAUGCAAAAGGCUGGCCUUGGCGCACAAGUUUGGAGGAAGGCAAACCCGACGACGAUCAAGUUGGCGGAUGGAAAGACGCAACAACUUCUCGACCGUUACAUCGAGGCCGUACCAAUCUAUUUCGCACCUCGUGCAUUCGAACCAGUGACAUUUGAUAUUCUCGACAUGGGCUUCGACAUCAUUCUGGGAAUGCCUUGGCUUGCAAGUGCACAUCACACGAUCAACUUCCACCGGCGGACUCUUAGCGUUUGCGACGCCUUCGGCGCGGAAGUGGCGUGUAUUAUUCCUCUACCGCACCCUUCGAUCCGGUGCCAAGUGGUGACGGCCAAAUCAUUCCAGGCGACUUGCGCUUACGAGCAGCCCGAGGAGAUUGGCCUAUGUUUUCUACGGACCGUCGUGGUAGCCGACUCUUCACCCACGGACUUGUCUUCAGACAUCCGUGUGGUACGGUUGCUGGACGAGUUCGCCGAUAUCUUCGAGUCACCUACCGGUGUGGUGCAGGAUCGGCCGAUCUCUCACGAGAUCAUUCUUGAGGCCGGUGCCGUGCCGCCGAAAGGUUGCAUCUAUCGUAUGAGCGAGGAGGAACUUGAGGUCCUCUGCUCACAACUCGACGAUUUGUUGGCCAAGGGUUGGAUCCGCCCUAGCAGCUCCCCAUAUGGAGCACCAGUUCUCUUCGUCAGGAAGAAGAACAAGGAUCUACGACUGUGUAUCGACUACCGCAAGCUCAACGCGCAAGCCGUCAAGAAUGCGGGGCCUCUUCCUCGCAUCGACGAUCUUCUUGAGCGAUUGGGCGGUGCAAAAUAUUUUUCCAAGUUGGAUAUGAAAUCGGGAUAUCAUCAAAUCUCGAUCCAGCCGAACGACCGCUACAAGACCGCGUUCAAGACGAGGUACAAGCAUUUCGAGUGCGUGGUCAUGCCUUUUGGCCUCACCACGCCCCGGCGACCUUUCAGGCGGCAAUGACCAAUGAAUUUCGUGCAAUGUU